CACAUGUCUUGAAGGUGAUAGUCCCACGCUGUGAACCAGAGCAACCGGCUCCUUACACGUGUUCGGCUAAAAUCUAUUUCCCUUUAUAUCGACCCCUUUCUGUUUCUUCUCCCUCAUAUGGUAAAUAGCCAUUCUCGCCUAGCAACAAAGUCACAAACGUCAUUAGACUCUCUCUUUCAGACUUGAAAGUGAACUUCCGAGUUUUUAUUGUCUCAAUAAAACCCACCGAUACUAGCCAUUCUCAUUUGUUUCCUCCAUGAAUAUGAGCUUACCGGGUUUCAGUACUACUCUUCCCCACUCGAAGACAACGAUGCCUGUUUCUGCACGGAGCCAUACGAUGUCGUUCAGCGAGGAUCCAACAAAGAAGAUUAGAAAGCCAUACACAAUCACCAAGUCUAGAGAGAACUGGACGGAGCAAGAACACGACAAGUUCAUUGAAGCUCUCCAUUUGUUUGACCGUGAUUGGAAGAAAAUAGAGGCCUUUGUUGGAUCAAAAACAGUUAUCCAGAUACGAAGCCACGCGCAGAAAUACUUUCUCAAGGUUCAGAAGAAUGGGACUAACGAACAUCUUCCUCCUCCUCGACCAAAGAGGAAAGCUAAUCAUCCCUAUCCACAAAAGGCUUCCAAAAGUGUGGCUCUUACAACUUCAAACGCAUUGCUUGAACAUGAGUACUUGUACCCCACUGAUCCACAACCGGUGAUUAGUACUCCUAAUCACGGAUUAAUGCGUUGCAAUGUUAUUACGCCAAUUCCAGUGAUCAAAGAGGAAUUGGGUGUCCUAGAGAACUGUUGCAGCACUAGUCGUAGUAGGAGUAUUAGAGAUAAGAUGAGGACGAGAACAGUUACGGAGACAGAUGACCAGAGAGUGAUGCCGAAUUUCGCUGAAGUUUACAGCUUUAUAGGAAGUGUAUUCGAUCCAAAAACAACAGGUCAUGUCCAGAGGUUAAAGCAAAUGGAUCCUAUCAAUCUAGAAACGGUCCUCUUAUUGAUGAAAAACUUGUCUGUAAACCUGUCAAGCCCCGAGUUUGAAGAACAAAGGAGGUUAAUAUCAUCAUACAACAGUGAAUAGAGAGACCCGGUUAGGUUUAAUGAGAAGUGAGAGAGGAAAUGAACACUGCUACUCUCUCUUUCUCUUUAUGCCUACGGCGACUGGACCAAAUGAGUGAAGCGGUUGUACUUGUACAUACGAGUCAAGAGUUUAGAAUAUUUUGAUCUUAGGUGUUAGAUAAAGCAUGUCCUGUGUAGAAAGAUACUCUAUCCGUUUCCUAAUAGAUGAACAUGUUAAAAAAUUAUAUAAAAAAAUUAUUAAAAUAUAAUUUAAAACUAA